CAAGGGAGAUAGGACCUGCGAGUCGCUCGCGCAUGUUUUCUGUUGGGUCGGUUGGACCAAAAAAAGUGCCGAGAAAACCCGGGAGAGAAGCCAAACGAAACAGAAAAUAACCGUAUGGUGGAAGCGUUCUUUUAACGGAAACUUGAGUCAGGUUCUAUCAGUAGAAAAACAUAUUUAUCUCCAGUCUUAGUUAUGUUUACUUGAAAAAGGAGCAGAGAGAAAGACCAGUUUACAAGCACAGAAACACCCAUCUCAGACAAAAGUUGAUGUUAUAAGGCUGACUGGAGUGAAAGCAGUGAGAGAAUUAUCUUGAUCUUUAUAAGGAUAUUUAUAGAUUUUCUGCAACCUCUUGAUCUUUUUCUGUGGUUACUUCAUAUCUGACUUAAAACUUGUGGUUCUUUCUAUCACAUGUAAAACCGCUUCAUAUCAAACAUCUGGAACAUUUUUAAACACACAUGCACUCAGAGAGAGGCCUGUCGCAGAGUUUCUUUCACAUGCCUGCUGGCAGACAACCGGUUCGCUUCAAUGGAGAAUUGCAGCUGCAAAAGAGCAAAUUGUAGAGGCCGCCGUUACCUCAGCAUCACCUGGGAGAUAGCCUAGCUCAGGUUAGCACCGCCCCGCUAGCUAGUCUGUGACCCCCCAUCCCUCUUCUCCCGCAUCCCCACACGAUACCCCCACUCCUUCCCUCCUCUACUUUUCCAAGAAAGUUGCCAUGGCAUCGGUACGGUUCACGGUGACGCCCACCAAGGCGGAGGACCUCCCGGGGCUGUCCGACACAUCGCCUGACAUCAGCUCCCGCUCCACUGCCCGCGUGCGCUUCGGCUCCAGAGAAAGCGUCAAUCGAAGUGACCCCCUCAGCGAGGGGUCAGGAGGCCUGACGACCACCGCUACAGCAGGAGGAGGGGCCGACACGCCGGACUACAGCAACGUGGAUCAAGGUGAUGGAAACUCCAAAAUCUCCAGUGUUUACAUCAACAACACUCACGGGGUGGAUGACGACGACUUCUACGACAGAAACUUGGCCUUAUUUGAGGAGGAGAUGGACACUCGGCCAAAAGUGUCCUCUCUGCUCAACCGCCUGGCAAAUUACACCAACCUGACGCAGGGUGCCAAGGAACACGAGGAGGCCGAGAGCAUCGGUGAGAAGAAGAAAACCAGCAAGUCGCCACAGAUGGGGACGUUUAUGGGCGUUUACCUGCCGUGCCUGCAGAACAUCUUCGGUGUGAUCUUGUUCCUGCGGUUGACGUGGGUGGUGGGAAGCGCCGGGGUGCUGCAGGGCCUCUGCAUUGUCUUCAUUUGCUGUUGCUGUACGAUGUUGACCGCGAUAUCGAUGAGUGCAAUCGCCACUAACGGAGUUGUACCAGCGGGAGGCUCUUACUUCAUGAUCAGUCGCUCUCUGGGUCCAGAGUUUGGGGGGGCGGUGGGCCUCUGUUUCUACCUGGGCACCACCUUCGCCGGAGCCAUGUACAUCCUGGGAGCCAUCGAGAUCCUCCUGAUGUACAUAGCGCCUGACGCAGCCAUCUUUAAAGCCAAGGGGCUUGAAGGUGAAGGGGCGGCCCUGUUGAACAACAUGCGCGUCUACGGCUCCAUCUGUCUCCUCCUGAUGUGCUUGCUGGUCUUUGUGGGCGUGAAGUACGUCAACAAACUGGCCUCCAUCUUCUUGGCCUGCGUCAUCGUCUCCAUCAUUUCCAUCUACAUCGGAGCGCUGGUGUCCGCCUUCAAACCGCCAAAUUUCCCGGUGUGCAUGCUAGGAAACAGAACUAUCAACGGACACGAUCUCAUGGACCACAAUUGUGCGAAAACCAUCCUGCUGUCUAUCAAAGAGCCAGUGGAGAGAGACAACAACUUCACGUUUACCAGCGAAAACGUCACAGUGGGCCCGACCCUCGACCCCGGCCAUGUCGCCGUUGUCGUGGAGAAGACCACGUAUAUCUGGAGCCAGUUUUGCCAGAGCGCAGAACUCAAUGCCUCCUGUGACGACUACUUCAUGAACAACAAUUUCACAAAAAUCGAAGGAAUCCCCGGUCUGGCCAGUGGGAUCAUUUCAGAGAACUUGUGGAGCUCCUACCUCAGCAAAGGGGACGUGGUGGAGAAAGCGUCCCUGAGCUCCUCUCACGCCGCACACCCGGCGUCCACUCAGCAGCCUUACGUGUUCGCUGACAUCACCACCUCCUUCACACUGCUGGUGGGCAUCUUCUUCCCCUCUGUCACAGGAAUCAUGGCCGGUUCUAACCGGUCGGGGGAUCUGAAAGACGCCCAGCGCUCCAUCCCCAUCGGAACCAUCCUCGCCAUCCUCACCACCUCCAUUGUUUACUUGUCCAGUGUUGUUUUGUUCGGAGCCUGCAUCGACGGCGUCGUCCUCAGAGACAAGUUUGGAGACUCAGUUAAAGGGAAUCUGGUGGUGGGGAUUCUGGCUUGGCCCACUCCCUGGGUCAUAGUGGUCGGCUCUUUCUUCUCAACAUGUGGCGCUGGCCUCCAGUCGCUGACCGGUGCUCCCCGACUCCUGCAGGCCAUCGCCAAGGACAACAUCAUCCCCUUCCUCCGGGUGUUUGGGCACGGGAAAGCUAACGGGGAGCCGACCUGGGCCCUGCUGCUGACGGCCCUGAUAGCCGAGCUGGGGAUUCUCAUCGCCUCUCUGGACCUGGUGGCUCCCAUCCUGACAAUGUUCUUCUUGAUGUGUUAUCUGUUUGUGAACCUGGCCUGUGCCCUUCAGACCCUCCUGAGGACGCCUAAUUGGAGGCCUCGCUUCUCCUACUACCACUGGACCUUGUCAUUUUUGGGGAUGACCAUCUGCCUGGCGCUCAUGUUCAUCUCCUCUUGGUACUACGCAAUCGUUGCUAUGGUGAUAGCAGGCAUGAUCUACAAGUACAUAGAGUACCACGGAGCCGAGAAAGAGUGGGGGGAUGGGAUCCGCGGUCUCUCGCUCAGUGCUGCCCGUUAUGCCCUCCUGAGGUUAGAGGAGGGACCACCUCACACCAAAAACUGGAGGCCACAGCUGUUGGUCUUACUAAAACUGGAUGAAGACGCCCACGUCAAGUCUCCUCGCCUGCUGACGUUCGCCAGCCAGCUGAAGGCGGGAAAGGGCCUGACCAUCGUUGGCACCGUUGUCUCCGGCAACUUCCUGCAAAGCUACGGAGAGGCUCUCGCUGCUGAACAGACUCUGAAGCACCUGAUGGAUAAGGAGCGCGUGAAAGGCUUCUGUCAGUGCAUCGUGGCGCAGAAGCCGCGCGAAGGUAUCAGCCACAUGAUCCAGUCCAGCGGUCUGGGAGGAAUGAAACCCAACACCGUGGUGAUGGGCUGGCCUCACGCCUGGAGGCAGAGCGAGGACCCGCAGUCCUGGAAGACCUUCAUCAACACAGUGCGGGUGACCACAGCAGCCCACCUGGCCCUUCUGGUGCCCAAAAACAUCUCUCUGUUCCCUAGCAACAGCGAGCCGUGCACAGAGGGCUACAUCGACGUCUGGUGGAUCGUCCACGACGGCGGGAUGCUGAUGCUGCUGCCCUUCCUGCUGCGUCAACACAAGGUGUGGCGCAAGUGCGGGAUGCGGAUCUUCACAGUGGCCCAGAUGGAGGAUAAUUCAAUCCAGAUGAAGAAAGAUCUGGCAACCUUCCUCUAUCACCUACGCAUCGAGGCUGAAGUGGAAGUAGUUGAGAUGCACGACAGCGAUAUCAGCGCGUACACCUAUGAAAGGACCCUGAUGAUGGAGCAGCGGUCUCAGAUGCUCAGACAGAUGCGACUGUCUAAGUCAGACCGAGACAGAGAGGGAAAUCCUGGUAGCAGCAGCAGUGAAAGUAGGCCAGAGGCAGGUGGAGCUACAAGGUCUCAGGCUCAGCUAGUGAAGGACCGGAACUCCAUGCUGCGCCUGACGAGCAUCGGCUCGGACGACGACGACGACACGGACGGCGGAGAGCGGGACAGGGUGGCGAGCAGCGGCGCCGGCAGCUCCGAGCACCACCGCCGCGUUCAGAUGACCUGGACCAAAGAGAAGACCUCGCAGUACCGGGCCACGCACUCCGGCUGCUCCACACCCGAAGGCUUCAGAGACAUGCUCAGCAUCAGGCCGGACCACUCCAACGUCAGGCGGAUGCACACCGCUGUCAAGCUUAAUGAGGUCAUUGUCAACAAAUCCCAUGAUGCCCGGGUGGUCCUGCUCAACAUGCCGGGACCCCCCAGGAACACAGAAGGAGACGAGAACUACAUGGAGUUCCUUGAGGUUCUAACAGAAGGAUUGGAGCGAGUCCUGUUGGUCAGAGGUGGAGGAAGUGAAGUCAUCACCAUCUACUCCUGAUUGGACAAAUGGAGGAAGCCAGCUUUUUAAAGAAAGCAGCCAAUCACGCAGAGGGGGGGGAGAGAUGGUGGGGCCUGUGAGC